AUGGGCUUCCUGCACCAGCUGCAGCUGCUGCUCUGGAAGAACGUGACGCUCAAGCGGCGGAGCCCGUGGGUGCUGGCCUUCGAGCUCUUCAUCCCCCUCGUCCUCUUCUUCAUCCUGCUGGGGCUGCGGCAGAAGAAGCCCACCAUCUCUGUGAAGGAAGUGUCCUUCUACUCGGCUGCGCCCCUGACCUCGGCUGGCAUCCUGCCUGUCAUGCAGUCACUGUGCCCAGACGGCCAGCGGGAUGAGUUUGGCUUCCUGCAGUAUGCCAACUCCACGGUGACCCAGCUGCUGGAGCGCCUCAGCCGCGUGGUGGAGGACAGCGACCUGUUUGACCCAGCGCGGCCCAGCCUGGGCUCGGAGCUGGAGGCCCUGCGUGAGCGCCUGGAGGCCCUCGGUGCCGGCCAGGGUGCCUGGGAGAGCGACUCGGACAGAUCUGCAGCUUCCAGCUUCGCGCUGGCCUCGGUGGCCAGGGACCCGAGGGAACUCUCACACUUCCUGGUGCAGAACCUGUCGCUGCCCAACAGCACGGUCCAGGCCCUGCUGGCUGCCCGGGUGGACCCGCCGGAGGUCCGCCGCCUGCUGUUAGGCCCUCGGCCUGCCCUGGGUGCGGAAUCGGCCUUCCCUGGGGCUCGGGAGCCCUGGAGCCGCCUGGGAGGCAGCCCCCUGUUCCGGAUGGAGGAACUGUUGCUGGCCCCUGCUCUGCUGGAGAGGCUCACGUGUUCUGGGGAGCUGGGCCGCCUCCUGGUGCUGCCCGCGAACCAGCAGGCAACACUGCAGGGCUACCGGGACACCGUGUGCAGUGGGCAGGCGGUGGCGCGUGCUCGCCGCUUCUCCGGGCUGGCCGCCGAGCUCCGGAGCCAGCUGGACCUAGCCAAGAUCGCCCAGCAGCUGGGCCUGGCUGCUCCCAAUGGCUCGGACCCCCAGCAGCCGGUGCCGUCCCCGCAGAGGCUGCAGGCGCUGCUCGGGGAUCUGCUGGACGCCCAGAAAGCCCUGCAGGACGUGGACGUGCUGUCGGCGCUGGCCCUGCUGCUUCCCCAGGGUGCCUGUGCUGGCCGCGCAUCAGCCUCACCCUCCAGCAGCCCUGGCGGGGCAGCCAACGGCACAGGGCCAGGCGCCAACGCCACAGCCGAGGAGGGCACGCCGGCCGCCGCAGCCCCGGCCACCACGGACGCUCUCCAAGGCCAGUGCUCGGCCUUCGUUCAGCUCUGGGCCGGGCUGCAGCCCAUCCUCUGUGGCAAUAACCGCACCAUCGAGCCCGAGGCACUACGCAGAGGCAACAUGAGCUCACUGGGGUUCACCAGCAAGGAGCAGCGGAACCUGGGCCUUCUGGUGCACCUCAUGACCAGUAACCCCAAGAUCCUGUAUGCGCCGGCCGGCUCCGAGGCCGACCGUGUCAUCCUCAAGGCCAACGAGACGUUUGCUCUGGUGGGCAAUGUGACGCACUACGCACAGGUCUGGCUCAACACCUCAGCUGAGAUCCGCAGCUUCCUGGAGCAGGGCCGGCUACAGCAGCACCUGCACUGGCUGCAGCAGUAUGUGGCGGAACUGCGACUGCGGCCCGAGGCCAUGAACCUGUCGCUGGACCAGCUGCCUCCUGCCCUGCGGCAUGACAACUUCUCGCUGCCCAACGGCUCUGCCCUCCUACAGCAGCUGGACACUAUUGACAACGCGGCCUGCGGCUGGAUCCAGUUCAUGUCCAAGGUGAGUGUGGACAUCUUCAAGGGCUUUCCAGAUGAGGAGAGCAUCGUAAACUACACGCUCAACCAAGCCUACCAGGACAACGUCACAGUGUUUGCCAGUGUCAUCUUUCAGACCCGGAAGGAUGGCUCUCUUCCCCCCCAUGUCCACUACAAGAUCCGCCAGAAUUCUAGCUUCACAGAGAAAACCAACGAGAUCCGCCGGGCCUAUUGGCGCCCGGGCCCCAACACGGGAGGCCGCUUCUACUUCCUCUACGGCUUCGUCUGGAUCCAGGACAUGAUGGAACGCGCCAUCAUCAACACGUUUGUGGGCCACGACGUGGUGGAGCCGGGCAGCUACGUGCAGGUGUUCCCGUACCCCUGCUACACGCGUGAUGACUUCCUGUUUGUCAUUGAGCACAUGAUGCCGCUCUGUAUGGUCAUCUCCUGGGUCUACUCGGUGGCCAUGACCAUCCAGCACAUCGUGGCUGAAAAGGAGCAGCGGCUCAAGGAGGUAAUGAAGACCAUGGGCUUGAACAACGCGGUGCACUGGGUAGCUUGGUUCAUCACCGGCUUCGUGCAGCUGUCCAUCUCGGUGACGGCGCUCACAGCCAUCCUCAAGUACGGCCAGGUGCUGCUGCACAGCCACGUGCUCAUCAUCUGGCUCUUCCUGGCUGUCUACGCCGUGGCCACCAUCAUGUUCUGUUUCCUGGUGUCUGUGCUGUACUCCAAGGCCAAGCUAGCCUCGGCCUGUGGCGGUAUCAUCUACUUCCUCAGCUACGUGCCCUACAUGUAUGUGGCCAUCCGGGAGGAGGUGGCCCACGAUAAAAUCACCGCCUUCGAGAAGUGCAUCGCGUCCCUGAUGUCCACCACGGCCUUCGGCCUGGGCUCCAAGUACUUCGCGCUCUACGAGGUGGCCGGCGUGGGCAUCCAGUGGCACACGUUCAGCCAGUCCCCCGUGGAAGGAGACGACUUCAACCUGCUGCUGGCCGUCACCAUGCUGAUGGUGGACGCCCUGGUGUACGGCGUGCUCACUUGGUACAUUGAGGCGGUGCACCCAGGCAUGUAUGGGCUGCCCCGGCCCUGGUACUUCCCACUGCAGAAGUCUUACUGGCUGGGCAGUGGGCGGACCGAGGCUUGGGAGUGGAGCUGGCCGUGGGCCCGGGCCCCCCGCCUCAGCGUCAUGGAGGAGGACCAGGCCUGUGCCAUGGAGAGCCGGCGCUUCGAGGAGACCCGAGGCAUGGAGGAGGAGCCCGGCCACCUGCCGCUGGUGGUGUGCGUGGACAGGCUGACCAAGGUCUACAAGAAUGACAAGAAGCUGGCGCUCAACAAGCUGAGCCUGAACCUGUACGAGAACCAGGUGGUCUCCUUCCUGGGCCACAACGGGGCCGGCAAGACCACCACCAUGUCCAUCCUGACCGGCCUGUUCCCGCCCACGUCGGGCUCGGCCACCAUCUACGGGCACGACAUCCGCACGGAGAUGGACGAGAUCCGCAAGAACCUGGGCAUGUGCCCGCAGCACAACGUGCUGUUCGACCGCCUCACGGUGGAGGAGCACUUGUGGUUCUAUUCACGGCUCAAGAGCAUGGCGCAGGCCGAGAUCCGCAAGGAGAUGGACAAGAUGAUCGAAGACCUGGAGCUGUCCAACAAGCGGCACUCGCUGGUGCAGACGCUGUCGGGUGGCACCAAGCGCAAGCUCUCCGUGGCCAUUGCCUUCGUGGGUGGCUCCCGGGCCGUCAUCCUGGACGAGCCCACGGCCGGCGUGGACCCCUACGCCCGGCGUGCCAUCUGGGACCUCAUCUUGAAGUACAAGCCUGGCCGCACCAUCUUGCUGUCCACUCACCACAUGGACGAGGCCGACCUGCUGGGUGACCGCAUCGCCAUCAUCUCCCACGGGAAGCUCAAGUGCUGUGGGUCCCCGCUCUUCCUCAAGGGCGCCUACGGCGACGGGUACCGCCUCACGCUGGUUAAGCGGCCUGCCGAGCCUGGGGGUCCCCAAGAGCCAGGACUGGCCUCCAGCCCCUCCGGCCGAGCCCCGCUGAGCAACUGCUCGGAGCCGCUGGUGUCUCGCUUCAUCCGCAAGCACGUGGCCUCCUGCCUGCUGGUGUCGGACACCAGCACUGAGCUCUCCUACAUGCUGCCCAGCGAGGCCACCAAGAAGGGGGCCUUCGAGCGCCUCUUCCAGAGCCUGGAGUGCAGCCUUGAGUCGCUGCACCUGAGCAGCUUCGGGCUGAUGGACACGACACUGGAGGAAGUGUUCCUGAAGGUGUCGGAGGAGGACCAGUCACUGGAGAACAGCGAGGCUGACGGGAAGGAGUCGCGGAAGGACGUGCUGCCCGGGGCUGAGGGCCUGGCGUCCGGCGAGGGCCAGGCUGGCAACCUGGCACAGUGCGCGGAGCUGGCUCGGUCCCAGGCCUCCCUGCACUCGGCGUCCUCUGUGGGCUCCGUGCGGGGUGACGAGGGGGCUGGCUAUGCCGAUGUCUGCGGUGACUACCGCCCACUCCUCGACAACCCGCAGGACCCUGACAACGUCAGCCUGCAAGAGCCCGAGGCGGACGCCCCCCUGCAGGAGGGCCAGGGCCGCAGGCUGCAGGGCUGGUGGCUAAAGGCACGCCAGUUUCACGGGCUGCUGGUCAAGCGCUUCCACUGUGCCCGCCGCAACUCCAAGGCGCUCUGCUCUCAGAUCCUGCUGCCCGCCUUCUUCGUCUCCGUGGCCAUGACCGUGGCCCUGUCUGUCCCCGAGAUCGGGGACCUGCCCCCGCUCGUGCUGUCCCCCUCACAGUACCACAACUACACGCAGCCCCGUGGCAACUUCAUCCCCUACGCCAAUGAGGAGCGCCGGGAGUAUCGGCUGCGGCUGUCCCCCGACGCCAGCCCCCAGCAGCUGGUGGGCACCUUCAGGCUGCCGUCGGGCAUCGGCGCCACCUGCGUGCUCAAGUCCCCGGCCAACGGGUCCCUGGGCCCGCUGCUGAACCUGAGCAGCGGCGAGUCACGGCUGCUGGCCGCACGCUUCUUCGACAGCAUGUGCCUGGAGUCCUUCACGCAGGGGCUGCCGCUCUCCAACUUCGUGCCGCCGCCGCCCUCGCCCGCGCCGGACGAGGACCUGCUGCAGGCCCGCAACAGCUCUCAGCCGCCCACGGCAGGGCCAGAGCCGUGGACGUCGGCGCCGUCGCUGCCACGCCUGGUGCGGGAGCCCGUGCGGUGCACCUGCUCUGCGCAGGGCACCGGCUUCUCCUGCCCGAGCAGCGUGGGCGGCCACCCGCCACAGAUGCGCGCGGUCACCGGCGACAUCCUCACAGACAUCACGGGACACAACGUCUCAGAGUACCUGCUCUUCACCUCCGACCGCUUCCGGCUGCACCGGUACGGAGCCAUCACCUUUGGCAACGUGCUCAAGUCCAUCCCGGCGUCGUUCGGCGCGCGGGCCCCGCCCAUGGUGCGCAAAAUCGCAGUGCGCCGGGCAGCCCAGGUGUUCUACAACAACAAGGGCUACCACAGUAUGCCUACCUACCUCAACAGCCUGAACAACGCCAUUCUCCGUGCCAACCUGCCCAAGAGUAAAGGCAACCCUGCGGCCUACGGCAUCACCGUCACGAACCACCCCAUGAACAAGACCAGCGCCAGCCUCUCUCUGGAUUACUUGCUGCAGGGCACCGAUGUGGUCAUUGCCAUCUUCAUCAUCGUGGCCAUGUCCUUCGUGCCAGCCAGCUUCGUGGUCUUCCUGGUGGCAGAGAAGUCCACCAAGGCCAAGCACCUGCAGUUUGUGAGCGGCUGCAACCCGGUCAUCUACUGGCUCGCCAACUACGUGUGGGACAUGCUCAACUACCUGGUCCCGGCCACCUGCUGUGUCAUCAUCCUGUUCGUGUUCGACCUGCCGGCCUACACGUCGCCCACCAACUUCCCAGCUGUGCUCUCGCUCUUCCUGCUCUAUGGGUGGUCCAUCACACCCAUCAUGUACCCUGCCUCCUUCUGGUUCGAGGUGCCCAGCUCUGCCUACGUAUUCCUCAUCGUCAUCAACCUCUUCAUCGGCAUCACGGCCACCGUGGCCACCUUCCUGCUGCAGCUCUUCGAGCAUGACAAGGACCUGAAGGUGGUCAACAGUUACCUCAAAAGCUGCUUCCUCAUCUUCCCCAACUACAACCUGGGCCACGGGCUGAUGGAGAUGGCCUACAAUGAAUACAUCAACGAGUACUACGCCAAGAUCGGCCAGUGGGACAAGGUGAAGUCACCGUUCGAGUGGGACAUUGUCACGCGGGGGCUGGUUGCCAUGACGGCCGAGGGCUUCGUCGGUUUCCUGCUGACCCUCAUGUGCCAGUACAACUUCCUACGCCAGCCACAGCGCAUGCCCGUAUCCACCAAGCCGGUGGAGGAUGACGUGGACGUGGCCACUGAACGCCAGCGUGUGCUGCGGGGGGAUGCCGACAACGACAUGGUCAAGAUUGAAAACCUGACCAAGGUGUACAAGUCCCGCAAGACUGGGCGUAUCCUGGCCGUGGACCGUCUGUGCCUCGGCGUCCGGCCCGGCGAGUGCUUCGGCCUCCUGGGCGUCAACGGCGCGGGCAAGACCAGCACCUUCAAGAUGCUGACGGGGGACGAGAGCACCACGGGAGGCGAGGCCUUCGUCAACGGGCACAGCGUGCUGCGGGAGCUACUCCAGGUGCAGCAGAGCGUGGGCUACUGCCCGCAGUUCGACGCGCUCUUCGAUGAGCUCACGGCGCGGGAGCACCUGCAGCUGUACACGAGGCUGCGCGGCGUGCCCUGGAAGGACGAGGCGCGGGUGGUGCGCUGGGCGCUGGAGAAGCUGGAGCUGACCAAGUACGCCGACAAGCCGGCCGGCACCUACAGCGGCGGCAACAAGCGCAAGCUGUCCACCGCCAUCGCCCUCAUCGGCUCCCCCGCCUUCAUCUUCCUGGACGAGCCCACCACGGGCAUGGACCCCAAGGCCCGGCGCUUCCUCUGGAACCUCAUCCUGGACCUCAUCAAGACGGGCCGCUCGGUGGUGCUGACCUCGCACAGCAUGGAGGAGUGUGAGGCCCUGUGCACACGCCUGGCCAUCAUGGUGAACGGACGGCUGCGCUGCCUGGGCAGCAUCCAGCACCUCAAGAACCGCUUUGGGGACGGCUACAUGAUCACGGUGCGUGCCAAGAGCAGCCAGAACGUCAAGGACAUUGUACGAUUCUUCAGCCGCAACUUCCCGGAGGCGGUGCUCAAGGAGCGGCACCACACUAAGGUGCAGUACCAGCUGAAGUCGGAGCACAUCUCGCUGGCCCAGGUGUUCAGCAAGAUGGAGCAGGUGGUGGGCGUGCUGGGCAUUGAGGACUAUUCGGUCAGUCAGACCACGCUGGACAACGUGUUCGUGAACUUCGCCAAGAAGCAGAGCGACAGCCUGGAGCAGCAGGAGGCGGAGCCGCCCUCAGCUCUGCAGUCCCCGCUGGGCCGCCUGCUCAGCCUGCUGCGGCCGCGGUCAGCCCCCACGGAGCUCCGGGCACUGGCGGCCGAUGAGCCUGAGGACCUGGACACGGAGGACGAGGGCCUCAUCAGCUUCGAGGAGGAGCGGGCUCAGCUAUCCUUCAGCACAGACACGCUCUGCUGAUCGGCCUCAGGAGCCUGGACAGGGCCACCCGUCCCCAGUGCCACCUGCCAGGACCUGGAGCUGGAGGCUGGGGGACCUCACCCCGCAGCCCAGCGCCAUCCUCCGCCCAUCAGGCGGUCACCAAGGCCCUUCCCUGUCGUGCCAAAGGCUGGCCCAGCCCCGGGCUGCGUACACCCUCGCCCUGCUUUGCCUUAAAGCCUUGGGGUCUGACCCAGCCCCCACCUGCCUGCCCAGUGCUGCCCACUGUCCUAGGUCGGUGGGCUCACCGGGCAUUCCCUGACCCUCUGACGCCUGGCCAUCUGCACUGGCUCCUCGGACACUGAACUCGGGGCAGUCCCUCCCCAGGCUUGGUGGUCUUCCCGUGGGAGGAGUCUUGCCCUGCCCUGCCCUGCAGGCGGCCGCCCAGGAAGCUGCCCUGGCAGAAGCCAGUGCUGCGGGCCAGGUCAGCCCCUGCCCUCCUCCCGCCCUCGUCGGCCCAGCUUGGCUCUCUGCUGACCCCCACCUGGGCGUGGGGCCUGUACAUAGCGCACAGAUGUUUGUUUUCAAUAAACUCAGAAAAGCUG